AUGCAGCGCAGCGGUCCCGAGGCGCUGCGGGCGGGUCUCCGCUGCCACCGCGGCUUCAACGCGUCGAGGGCCGCCACGUGGGAGGCCGCGGCGGUGCACACGAGCUGCGCGGCCGCGGCGGCAGAGGGCAGCGUUGCCACGGGCUCCCCGCAGCGCCAGCCAAGCGCGGCGCCGCAGGGCGCGUGGAGCGCCAUGAAGGUGCAGCAGGGUCAGGAGGACGCCGAGCGCUUCAAUCGCGACAGGAAGCGCUUCAAGCGCGUCAGGGCGGCCUUCCUGAGAGAGUGGCGCGGAGAGCACGGGAAGGCACAGGCGUGGAAGCGGCGCGUCCUGGAGGAGGACGACCACGCGCGGCACGGCAUGAGCAGACUGCUCCGUCGCGCGUCGAUCAAGGCGUGGACGGACUCGGAGCUCCGCGCGAGCCUCCGGCGCCAGGAGGCUCUGCGCAAGCAGCAGGCGGCCCUCCAGAAGCGCGCGGUGGGCGCCAUCCGGCGACUCGUGACCGAGACCGAGCUCGAGCUCGCCAAGAACGACGCCCACGAGGCCGUACUCGAGGCCUCCCGCGACUGGAUCACGAUGGACAACAUCGAGCAGCGCAUCAAGGACGCCCUCGCGAACCCCGUGCCGCUCGCGGAGGGCGCGUCGGAGCCGGUCUGGAUCCGUGUGGCGCGGAGGAAGGGCCUGAUCGAGGACUGA